UUGUUGAGUCUAGAAGUCUCUAUUAAGGUUGUUGGAUCUUGAUAUUGGUCUAGCAAAAUUUUAAGAACUUUGUCUACUCAUUGACUUGUUUAUGUACAGCCAAGUCUGUACUUCCUAGCAACCAAGUUUUGAGCUAAAAUCUCUUUACUUGGUAAAUUUAUUCACAAGAAAAUAGGCCCAAAAUACAGUCCCAAAUCAUUGGUGACCUUCCCCAGUAUUUGAUGGUGGAUUUUGGGUCCUUCUCCUUAUCCGUAUUGAGUCUUCUUUCGUCACCAAAACCUGGCAUUUGUUUUCAGCCAAAAAAGAUUUUGGUCUCUUAACUACAAUAGACAUUCCCAAUUAUAGUUUCAGUGGUGAUUGAUAGAUUUUAGAGCUGCAUUUUUGAGAGGUUCUAAGGAAGUGUAUUUUUUAAUGCUUCCAAAGAGCUUGUUGUUAUGGAGAUGGCAUCUAGUAGAUGAAUUAAUAUUUAUUUUUAUACCUGACUUGUGUAGCUCAACAACAGUCUGUCUCUGUCUCUGUCUCAUGCUGAUAGAUGAUAAAGUAAUUUUCCAUGUGUGCAACCUUGCAUUUGGACAAAGGCCACAUCAGGUUUUUUUUUGUUAGAGGAAAGGCGAAUAGUUACACUAAUUAAGUCGAAAUUUUAAUCAUUCUCUGAAGGGGGUGACUGCAUAUGUACAGUACUAAUCUCUGUCUGUUUUAAUAUCAAAGAGUCCCAGGUUCCUUGGUCAAGAUGCAAAUUAAUGUCAGUAAAUGUUUUGAACUGAGCUUGGAAUGAUAUUGAUUUAAAGAGAAGGGUUUAGUUUCUUUCCAAGAUCCCUACUGAAAUAUUUAUUAGAGCUAUAAUUUUGAGCCAAUUGAUAAUUGACACCAUGUCUGAGUUUUUAUUAUCUUCCCAGUCAAGACUGCCGAUUUACAGUCUGGUCCAGGGGCUGUUAACUUGUUUGGUUUGGAUUCUAGCAGUUUGGACUCAUGUCCUGCUCAUACCGCUAAAGGGGGAAAUACGGAACACUGCUUUUAUUUAGUGUGUUUUUUUUUUCUUACAUAAGGAUUUUGAAUCCUAUAGGCUCUUUUGAAGAUCCUUCAUAUCUUCUUUCCUUUAUUUUUAAUCCAAGCUUUCUUUUUCUGGUUUAUGAGCUGGAGUUUUUCAUGCACACACCGCUUGCUCUACAUCAGCAUUUUCAUUUUCUCCUGCACAGAUUUAAUUACUGCAUUUCAUUCUGUUUCUGCUGACAGAAGUUCAAACUUAAAUCAGUUUUUAUAAUACCGCUCACAGCACAGAUAGUUUGACCUUUUUUCUGUCCCUUCCCAUUGUCCCUUGCCGUCCAUUUGACAUUUGUUGCGUUUUGAUGUGAUGCCCUUAAUGACAGACCGCUGGAAGGGACUGACAUGUCUGUGGGCGGAUAGUCCCCGGCUGCAUGUCCUCACAGCAGGUCAUCACACAGUAGAGAUAGUGCUGUCCUCUGUAUUUACACUUUAGAAAGUGCUGAGGUUUUUUUUUUAACAGGGUGUGUGCAGUGAGACGGAAGAUUCUGGGCAUUAGGUAGGCUUGUGUCAGUCCUAUAACUGUGACAUUUCUCUAGUUCUAGACCUGUGCUGCAACAUACACUCCUGCUGCUCAUCCUGUCAGUCACUCACUGCCAUCUGUGCUGUCCAUUCCAGCUUAAUAUUUCAUGCUGUGAUUUGGGCUGGGAAUUAAAGAUGCGGCAGGUGGGUUUGACAGAGUGCUGGCAUAUUCCCUCUGACUGAGCUCCAGGUAGAUAGUGUGCACUCAACCAGUCAGUUUGAAUAAAGCUGUAUCAUGUAACAUGCAUUUUAAAUUUGUCACUCAAGUUCUUACUUUAUACUCCAUGUCCUUUACAUUUUAUGCACAUUUUACCAUUUAUGUUUGUCUCUUCCCUUGUCUCUUUUAAACUAUCCAUUUGGCCAUGCUUCUCAAAACACUUAAGUCGUAAGACACUUUUUGUCAGUAUAUACAGUGUGACAUUUCUAAGUUAAAAGAGAAUUUUGAAAUUCUUCACUGGGCAUAACAGGAUCAGAGGCAAAACCUCCUUCACUUUGGGACUGCCUGGCACGGAAGCCAAGAUGCCUUCAUUUUCACCUGACAGGAUCGUGGUCCCCUCGUAUAUGGUUUGAUACCGGAUUGGCGCUUCGGAAGCCGCGCCUCGAGGUGUGGGUACUGUCAGGAUCCAGCCCGGACUUUUGGCCAUGCUCUGAUGUAAACGUUUUGGGGCUCAUGCUGCGCUGCCAUCUGCUUUGCUCUCUGGACAGACGGUCACUGCCCGACCCUGGAGUCAGAGCCUUGCACAGCCCCUUUCAUCUGAAGCUUCUCCCUUUGCACGACCUGGAGGACACACAGCACAUAUGAGGUGUGGACCAAGGAGAUAAGGAAGACGACUAGAGACAUUCAUAUGUGUAAUGGAUUGCUAAAUCUGGAUUGGAGAGCCCCAGACUUCCUCUUCUCUGACCCCACAGCCUUCAAUAAGUGACUCAAUAAUAGAUUUUGAACCUUCAGAGACCACCGUCUAUCUGUCACCAACUUCCUUGAUUGUUUGCAUUGUUUGACAGUUUGUGUAGCACUAUCAGCAGCGUGUAUUUCCCACUCCAUCUCCUCCCUCCAGUGGCCAGACACCUUAUUUUGUAACUGCUAUUAUUAUUCUGUGUGCAUCCAGCUGCUGUCCCACUGAUCUGAUUAGUCACAGGUCUGCAGGCUUGGACACGCUGAAAACAGGAAACAAGGACACGUGUCAUCAAACCAUUUACAGUUCAGCUGUGUUAAGCUCAGAAAAGCAGGGUCCAGUUUAUAUAACACCUGGACACCAAAGUCCCAUCUGGAUCCAUUUAGCUGGUGUGAGAGCUGGUGUGGAUUAGCUAUCUGUCCCUUGCCGUGUCAUGCCGUCUUUCCUCACACCAAGUCUGCUGUUGAGAGGACCAGACGUGCUGGGGCUAAAAUAAGCAGGCUUGUCGUUUUGUUCUUCCUGAGGGCAAGCUGCGGUUCACAGUGUUGCCACUUGUGUGAGAUUCUAAAGCUCGAAGAGGUUCUCUCCCUUUCUGUUCAAUCUGGCCGAGCUGCCCAUACUCCCGAGUGUCCAGACGGUGUGCAGGUUCUGUGGGCGUGGCGUGUGGAGGAUGAGCGAUGUUCCCCCACUGGAGUACGAGCCGCUCUCCCCUGCGCUUCCCAGCAGGCCACCGCUGGCUGCAGACGCUGAGCAGAGAACGGCUCUAGCCUUCGUGGGCCUACUCAUGCUCUUCCUACUUUUUCUGCUUGUGCGUUGCUUCCGCAUUCUGCUUGAUCCCUACAGCCGCAUGCCGGCCUCGUCUUGGACUGACCACAAAGAGGGCCUGGAGAGAGGCCAGUUCGACUACGCGCUGGUAUAAAACACUGCCCAGCGAUGGUGGACGAGCCGAGAGCCUCUGCCUUCGCUCUCUCUGUGGUCAGCCCUCGACAACUUCCCACAUCCGUGUGAAUCUCCUUUCACCGCAUCCUGUAGUCACUCCUCAGGUUCCCCUUAGGGCAAUGCUGCCUGAUCCAUGAUCCACUUUCCCUUGGCCCAUAAAAUCUGCAGAGCAUUCAGUCAGAGUCCAGUACUAGGAACAACUACUAUUCUAUCAGUUAUGAAAAACUAAUACAGUUUUGUGAAAUUCUGUCUUCUAGAUUCACUAGUCCAGAAUGAUAUGAUUUUAUUUAGUCAGUAUCAGGUGUUAGGUAUUUAGAAAUUAGGUUGGUAGAAAUUAACACAAUGUGUUAGGCGUAUAUAUGGAGUUACACAGUUUCAGAGACACAGGAUAUUUUACACCCAUUUAAUAUCAUACAGUCACAAAUCAAUCUCUUUUUUAAAUGAAAAAAUACAGAUGCAGCAGUUCUGUAUCUGACCAAUGAUGGCCUGAAAUUCAGAUCAUAUUUAUCUCUCAUCCAACCCACUCAAUUUUUUAAAAUGCUAAACUAGCUUAACUUAACUAAACUAGCUCAGUCCACCUCAGGUCCAUCAUUAGUUUAAGGACAAUAACUUCAGGCACCUUCACAGUGAAGUCUUCUGAACAUGUUCUGCAAUUACUAAAGUGAAUAGUUUGUAGCCUCAGCCCAUAUUAGAGCUCUGAUAAUCAAAAAUGGUGUUGCCAAAUGCCAACUGGGCAGUGUAUUAGUUUUUGAUAAAUGAGGAACUGUUCUUGGUAGUGGACUCAGAGAAAGUAUGAAUUAGAUGUAUUUUAUUCCAUCACCACUCAUGUCAUUAUUCACAUCAUAAUUUUUGGGUACCCACUGCUCCAGAAUCCAGGAUUUCAUUUAACACAGCGGGGCUGCCAUAUUGGAUUGACUAUUUCAAGGCUAAUCAGCUCAUCCCUGCCUCAUUCACUACAAACCCAGACGUUAACAAAAUGAAAAUGUAUAGUUUUUACAAAUAAUCAUCAGACAGAUAAAACUGAGCAGCUUAAAGCAGUAGUCAGGCCACCGGCAAAUAUAGUCACCUAGCUGUAAAUAGAAUAAAAUCAAGAACCUAUAGAAAGGAUGACAGGCUUUGCUCAACUGGUAGUCACAGCUACAGCUAUGGCAGCUACUUUGCUUUUCAUUAAAAAAAAGGAAAAUAAUUAAAACAGGUUAGCUAGCUAAUGUGCUAGUUGUUCACUGGAUUUUCUAUUGUCCAGUUUGAUCUACUAAUUUACUGAUGACAUUUUUUCUUAUUAUCUUUUUUGUAUUUCUAUGUACUUAGCUCACUUACAGCUAGCAGAUAAGAGAAGUACCUCACGCAGGACUGCCGUAAUCAUCGUUUUGCUCUGCUGAAAUAAAAUGCAGUGUGAUCAAGGCUACAUUCCAGUCCAGUAUAUGUCACCAACCUGUUGUAAUAGAGACCGGAUAAACAUACUUACAACUCACUUUUGGAUAGAAUUGGUUAUCAUAUACCAGAUGUGUAAACAGUGUACACCUGCUAUGUGAAAGUCCCUUCUGACUGCUGCCUUCGUACACCCGUAAUUAGCACUGUUCUUUUUCCCUGAUGGUGUUUUUCCUUGGUGUUUACAGGAGCAGAAUCCCCUUUAAGAUGUCAGAAAUGUGAUAUUGCUGCAGUGUAUUUCAGUGUAUUUGUAUCAUUUAAAAGCCAUAUCUAUCUAUAUUUAUGCCUUGGACAGUGUUAUGUUGUGUGGCUAUUAGCCGUAGCUGAUCUGCCGAGCUCUGUGACUGCGUAGUGAGUUACUGUGUGAGUUUUAGAACUACUGAAAGUGCUUUAUUUUUGUAUUCAGGCUCAGAUUUGGAGUCUCCUUUUGCUAAUACUGUACUGUAUGUAUUCAGUUUAAGAUUUCUAGCUCAAUGUCUUCUCACUGGAUCAAGAAAAAUAUACCCAUAACAACGUGUUGCUUUGGUGUGUUUUUGAUAUUUGUACUGUAAGCAGAUUGGAUAUUUUCCUAACUCAUUUGUUUUGCUAAGCUGGGGCAAUUGUGUCAAAUAAAUAAGGGUUUUAUUCUCUUUAUGUUUCAGAAAUCCUCAGUAAUAGAAUGAAAAUUAUAACCGUCACUUUCUACAUUCUCACAAAGACAUUUCCCACUUGAUAUAAUUUAGGACAUAAUUUUUGGUUUUUAGGUUUGUGCUUUUAAGUGUUGCACUGAAGCUACAGUUAACAAGUGAAUAAGACUCCCAGCUCCCAGUGUUGCAUGAAUCAGUCAUUACACACUCAUCUCAAACUGUGUUGAGUUGUUCAGUUUAUCAAAGAGACUUCCUGAUCUGGCACGGUGUGACACACUGUUAUCUCUAAAACCCAGAGAAAGUAUGUUAUAGCGCUAUCAUCGAUCUAUCUUGAAACAGAUUCACUUUCUUUCUCGGAACAUUUUUUGUGUCACAUCACAAAGUCAGAGAUAAAGUUGGAAAGCAGAAUUGUAUGUUAGAAGUAAUUCUGAUUAUUACAGUGUUUUUAAUGGGCAUAGAUAUUGAGACUGGUUAUUUACACAAGUAAUACCAGUGACAACAUAGUGGCGUGUGCUGUAAUAGGAAAAUAAUCAAUCCCAGGGUGUUGCGAUGCAGAGAUACUGUUCCACCCAGAAGUAUAACAAAUACAAAGCAAUAACAAAGCAGAAACUACAUUUCUUAUGCCUGGGAAUGAGUAAUAUGUCAUCUGUUAUUGCUACACUGUGGUUUAGCAUCUGCGUUAUUGGUGCACAUAUAUUCUUUUCCAAGUUUGUUAAUGAUUUCAAUUCUACACAUUUCCAGAUAUUCUUAACAAAAUGUGGCUUUCAGGGUAAAGAAACUGACACACACACCACACACACACACACACCAAAGCAUUUAAAAACAUAACCAAUAUUGCUUUAUUACCAUUUGUUGUGUUUUACAGGUUGUUUAAAAAUGGCAUGUAACUGAUCAAAUGUUUCUAAGAUCUCUUUUAUUUCCAGAGUGUGGUGGAUGCUCAGAUACAGCCUCAUUCCUGUAUGUUCACAAAAAUACUGCUGUGUGUGUGUGUGUGUGUGUGUGUGUGUGUGUGUGUGUGUGUGUGUGUGUGUGUGUGUGUGUGUGUGAGUGUGUGUGUGUUAAACAGUGUUAGGGGCUGCCAAACCAUCACAAGCACCACAGAUGAAAUGUGUUCAGUUCUAAGAGCAUGACGAUUACUGAAAUAUUUCAAGUUUGCUAACGAUGUUGUAAUACAGUACACACACGCACAUUCGUUCCUUUACAUGUAGUGGCAAAUAAAAUUAUGAUUAAAAACAUUACAAAAAAAGAUACAAAAGUAUACAAAGUUCCCAUGUUAGACGAAUGGUUAUGCAUAAAUAUAGCUCAGGCUGUUUUUUUUUUUUAAAAACAGUGCAGUAACUUUGAUGUUCAGGUUUGAAGAUUUGAUGAUUUUUAGCACCAGAGAGAAAGCACCAGACACUGCAGUCAGGCUGCACCAAAAACAGUACGAUAACUCAAUGUGCAAGUCCUCUAUCUAGCCCACUUCACACUAACACCAGGCUGGUGUUAUUUCAGUGAGCGUAACAUAAAGGACGGCGCCAUGUAAACAGUGACGGUAUCACUCAGUGUCUGGCAGCAGUCAAGGACGCCAUUAUUAAUUACGGAAACAAAGUCAACAGCACUUUUAAGUCUAUUGCGUGUUCUGUUUGUUUUGUCAGCCUUGAUGCUCUUCAAAAAGUUUGAC